UCAUGGAAGGACGAGCAUUUAGAAAGUUUCUUCCACUCUUUGAUCGAGUAUUGGUUGAAAGGAGUGCAGCUGAAACUGUAACCAAAGGAGGCAUUAUGCGUUCAGAAAAAGCUCAAGGAAAAGUAUUGCAAGCAACAGUAGUACCUGUUGGAUCGGGCUCUAAAGGAAAGGGUGGAGAGACUCAACCAGUUAGUGUGAAAGUUGGAGAUAAAGUUCUUCUCCCAGUAGAUGGACACACCAAAGUGGCUAUAGAUGACAAGGAUUAUUUCUUAUUCAGAGAUGGUGACAUUCUUGGAAAGUAUGUAGACUGAAAUUAAUCACUGUUGAAAUGGCAUCACUUGAAGCUGCCCAUUCCACUGAAGUUCUGAAAUCUUUCAUCAUGUGAAUAAUUUCCAUGUCUCUUUUAUAAUAA